UCAUAUAGUUGAACUACACUUGCUUCUAUUUUAUAAUUCAUUAUAUUAGUCAGAUACAACAUUCAAUUAAUACACUGAAUGUAGACGGAGGGAGUAUAUGGAGAUACAAAAAUUCAAGUUGCAGCAAACAUUUCCCAUUUGUGUCACCAUCAAAAACCGCCUUUCCACUAAUAAUAUUAAUUUGUUGUGUCCCCUCCGAUCCCCGAUAGCUUAAAAAGCCCAAGAAAUUGCGAUUCCAUUUAGUAUUUGCGAUGAAAGAUCAAGAAAGGGUGGUACCGAUCGCGAACGUGAGCCGGAUCAUGAAGAAAUCCCUCCCUCCCAACGCCAAGAUCUCAAAGGAAGCGAAAGAAACAGUGCAGGAAUGCGUGUCGGAGUUCAUAAGCUUCGUGACGGGGGAGGCCUCUGAUAAAUGCCAGAGGGAGAAGAGGAAGACCAUCAAUGGCGAUGAUCUGCUGUGGGCCAUGACAACUCUUGGAUUCCAGAACUAUGUUGAGCCCCUUAAGGAUUAUCUCACCACUUACAGAGACACUUCUUCUCCUAUUGAUGAUCAGACCAAGAUUGCUACUGCAAACCCUAGUUUUUUGCAGGGUUUUAGCAGUGAUGGUGGAGGAGUCGUUAUCGAAUUCGCCACUUCAUCAUGGUGUUGAGUGGUAAGAAAUUAACACUAUAUUAAUUCAGAUGAACAAAAAGAAAUUACCUCUUCACUGUGUUUUAAUUGAUGUUCAGUUCAGUGAUUUGAUUUAAGUACCAAGUAAACAAUUCAAUAUGUACGUAUAUCUCCAUCUCAUGUCCCAUAAUUAUUUACUUAUAAAUAUUGUUGCUUCUUUUUA